AUGGCAUCUUCGCAAAAAGUUCUCAUCAUCCUCUCCGAUGCCGACCACUUCGAUAUGAAGAAGACUUCUGGUCCUGAUGCAGGCAAGGUCGUUUCACAACCUUCUGGUUUCUUCCUCAUGGAACUCGCAAAGCCACUUUCCAAGAUUCUGGAUGCAGGCUAUGAAGUCACCUUCGCUACACCUGAAGGCAAGGAGCCUGUUCCCGACCCCAACAGUGAAUCUCUCCUCGCCUUUGCCGGAAACUUCUACGAGCGCCGCCGUGAGAACGAACUGCUCGAGCGCAUGAAGAAAGAAAAUGGCUUCUCCUCGCCCAGAAAAUUCAGAGACAUCAGCAACGACGAACUUGAAUCUUUCCGUGGUGUUCUUAUCCCUGGCGGCCAUGCACCUCUGACAGACCUCGGCGACAACAAGGACUUGGGUCGCAUUCUUGAGCACUUCCACGGCAAGCAGAAGCCUACUGCCACUAUCUGCCACGGACCUUACGCUUUCUUAUCCACCAAGGCAUCAAGCGGCAAGUUCUUGUAUGCUGGCUACAAGCUCACCAGCUGGUCUGACAUGGAGGAGUCCAUGAUGGAGACGAUGCUGGGUGCUGAGAUCCCAAAGGUCGAGAGUGCGCUACGUGCAGAGGGUGCUGAUAUGGUUGAGGGUCUUGCCCAGAAGGUCGGAUACAUCACUGUUGACCGUGAAGUUGUCAGUGGUGCAAACCCCAUGGCUGCUGAUGCCUUGGGAGACAAGUUCAUCCAGAUGAUGAAGGCUUAA